GUGAUGUAAUUUGCGGUAUUCAAACCUGAAAGUGAAUAUGCGCGCACGCGUGUGGCAUACGUGUUUGUUGGCACUUAUUCUGUCUCUCAAUCCAGGCUGCUUUGGGAACGCCGGCAGUGACUUUGUGUUUGCCUUUAUACAAGUGUACCACACAAAUGACAGCUAUGACUAUCUGGUCCUAACACCAACCACGGACCAGGGAGCAGAGGUGAGAGUUAUCGCCCCUGGAUAUCCUAACCUGGUCAACGAAACCAUCAUUCUUGCCCCAGGUCAAAUACAUUCUCUGAAAGUUCACGGAGCAAUGGCAAUGAACUAUGGGUCUUACAUAGACAGAAGAGGUAUACAUGUGACGUCAUCACAUCAUAUAACCGUUGUAGGAAUCGACACGGAGUCGUGGAAAGGAUCCGGCAGCAACUACGACUCAUUUCUUGUUCGACCAACGGAUCAGUUAGGGAAUGAGUACUAUGCUGUUUGUUAUUAUAUCACGAACAGUGCGGCUGGAUCGACGUUUGCUGUUGUCGCCACCAAUAAUGAUACCUUGGUUUCCAUCACCUUGACAACAUCAGAUAAUGUGACCGUAACGUUCGACAGUGACACAUACUCAAAUGGUGACAUAAUAACAAGGACCCUGGAACAGUAUGAUGUACUCCAAAUUCAGACUCGUUCUGAUCUCACCGGAAGUCACGUGAUUGCAAAUAAGCCCAUCACCGCCUAUAGUGGCGUUAAUCGAACACGUGUUCACUUUUAUGGAUGCUCGUCCACAAUGGUUGACCAGCUUCCUCCAGUAAACGUUUGGGGGAAGGACUAUGUGACAGUGCCGUUUCCGAACAGAAUGUCAGGAGACAUCUACAGAGUGCUGGCUAGCUGGGCCAACACGGCGUUGUAUGUAUAUGGCAUAGGUUCAUACCUCUUACGGGAACCUGGAAACUGGAUGGAGUUUUACUUGGAAAAUGCUACAUACGUUCGAGCAAACAAACCUGUACAGGUGGCCCAGUUGUCGGUCAGUCGCACCUCUGAUGAAGGUGACCCAUCAUUGUUGAUACUGUCCCCCAUAGAUGCAGCAAGAACAUCAUACGUCUUUGGUGUCAGUGUGACGGGUAAAUGGCGGUAUUACGUGGCAGUUGUCAUUCAAGAAUUUGCGAUAGCUGGUUUGCUUUUCAAUAACCAAAGUGUUAACGUCUCUAACGUCUCAGUCGAACAAGCAGAAGGAAGCCAGUAUGCAAUUGUUUAUAUUGAACUGAUGAAAUCGGCCUACCACAAUACUAUCACACAUGAGGGGCACGUUUCGUUCUUGGCCUAUGUGUAUUCGGGCGAAAAGUGUAAAGCUACGGCACACUCGUUAGGAACUGCAGCGUCAACGCUUUUUGCCGCCUGUGCACCAACCUAUGGUUACCCAGGAGACGGCGUGGACAACGACUGUGACGGCGUCGUUGACGAGGAGGCCUGUUGUGUGAACAAGGAUGGAAUAGAUGACGACCUAGAUAUGGUGGUUGACGAGGACUGCUACGCUCCUCCAGGUGUGGAGAUGAGCAGUGUCUCGGGGCAUGCUGUGUGCUGUAGAGGGGACACAACCUACUUGUGUGAAGAAAUCGUAAGAAAUGGACAUUUCAAAAGGAUGGGCGACAAAAAGUACUUGGCCACUGACAUGGCAGCAUCUCAUACCCGCAACAAACAGCAGUGUUUCCAUAACUGUGGCAGAGAGAAGGACUGUUGGGCUCUCAACUACCACCCGCCAUCUUUAUCUGGAGACGGUAACUGUGAAUUACUCCGUGGAGCAGUGACCGGCUCCACACAGGAAGGGAGCUGGACACACUAUCAACUGGACAGAUCUUGGUCGCAAUAUGUACCCCUUUGAGUAGCAUUGCUCGUGUCAUCCUUCACAAAAGGCGAGGGAAUGUUGUAGGUCAAUUGAUCAUGUUAAAUACGAUCCAAACGUAUUUACUCAAUCUGUGUAUCAUUACAAAAACAAAUAAGCAGGGUUUUUUGCGGAAAGCUUUCUUUAAAAAAUAACUAUAGCGUAUGUACCGAGGCGGACAUGAACAUUUGGAAUUUUUCUUGUUGAGCUUUGUUGAAUACUGUGUUUCAGGUGUGACCCUUGACAUGUAUAAGUUUAAAUAUCACAAUUCCCGUUUUUACUUGCUCUCAAACACUGACUUCCCCAACUUCAGAAGACAAUUAAAUUAUAACCAACUUGGACUUUAACCCGUUUCUAGUUAGUACUCGAAGACCCAUAAAUGUUCAUGGGCAUUAAUAAUAUUAGCACACAAAGCCUGGGUCGAAAAGCCUUCGACUACAUUCAUGCAACUCACAGGAGAAACACAGCCAACAAGCGCUGCGCAGGCAGGGCGUCACACUGUGUGCUGACUGUGUGUGCAGGCUACCCUUUAGUUCACACCAUUUUUAUUAACACAGUAUUCUCUAUGGAACAAAGACCGCCUCAGUGGUCAAGUUAUUGAGC